AUGGCGAUUCUGGCGCUCUUCCUCUUCGUCUUCCACCUAGCCCUGUGCACCCUCGCCCUUUCCGUACCCUCCAGGCCUCCCACCAUCCGACUCGACGAUGCGACGGUGGUCGGCGUCUCGGAUGGCUGGACUCGCUCGUUCCUUGGCAUCCCCUUCGCCGAGCCACCGGUCGGCCAGAUGCGCUACCAGCUCCCGAAGGCUGUUCCACCAUACUCGGGAAUGAUCAACGCCACCCAGUUCGGCAAGCAGUGUCUCAACACCGGGGCGACCGGUUUUCCUUCGUGGCUGACCCGGGACAUGAUCACAUACUUGGCAACGACGUUCGGGCCGCCCAACCCUUCUUCCUUCGACGAGGACUGCCUCAACUUGAACGUCAUCGUACCGGAGCAUGUGGGCCCCCUCGAGAAGCUCCCCAUCGUUGCCUACAUCUUCUUUAGCGGUUUUGAGACCGGUGGGACCUACGACGAGGAUGGUCGUAUCAUGGUCAACCACUCUGUCGCCAUCGGGGAGCCCGUGAUAUGGGUCUCCAUGAACUAUCGCCUAGGUCCAUACGGAUUCCUUCCCGGGAAAGAGGUCAAGGAAGCCGGAGUCGGCAAUCUUGGGCUUCAAGACCAACGCCUGGCACUGCGAUGGAUCCAGAAGUACGCGAGAGCGUUCGGCGGAGACCCAUCUCGGGUGACCAUGCUCGGUCUCAGCGCGGGGGGCUCGUCCGCCAUUUUCCACACAGUCGCCAACGGAGGCAACAACGAAAACCUCUUCCACGGAGUCUGGGCCGAGUCCGGCCCGAUCCAGCACGUCGGAUGCAUCGACGAUCCGAUCAACCAAGCGAUCUACGACGACUUCGUUGCUGCCGUGAACUGCUCAGGCAUUGCGGAUUCCCUGCAGUGUCUAAGAGACGCGGACGUGUCGACCUUGCAAGGCGUCGCGGGGAAGUCGACAAAGACAUUCUGGGCAGUCGCUGCAGACGGGGUCUUCUUCCACGACCUGCCACAGCUGGAGCAGGCGAACGGCAACAUUUCGCAGAAUGUCGCCAUCGUCAUGGGCUUCUCUGAGGAUGAGGGCACGCUGGCCACACUGGCAGUCCUUGACACCACCAUAAACGAUUCGGUGAUAACGGGGCUCAUCAAGACGACCUACCCCAACAUCACGGACGGCGACGUGCAGAAGUUGCUUACCAUGUAUCCGGACGAUCCGGCGAUUGGGGCCCCGUACGAUACGGGGACCGACUUUGAGAUCAUACCUCAGUGGAAACGCUAUGCGUCCAUCGCUGGGGACAUAGAUUUUGACGCUCCUAUCCGGUUGACUGCCCAGCUGCGCGCCGACAAGCAGCCUGUUUGGAUUUACUACUACGAGCGCAACUUCGUCCCCGGGUUUGGCUCCACCCACGGAGCCGAAGUUCCAAACAUGUACGAAGCAGGCGACAUGACCGAUCUCCUGAUCCACUUCGCGAGCACCUUCAACCCGAACCCCAGUUUCCUCACCAACCCGAGCAGCCCCACCUGUCGCCCUAGUACCUGGGGUGCUCGUCGGGACACCUCGAAGGAGGCGAACACGGCGCGGGCUCCGUACUGGCCGCCGUACUCGACCUCGGCGCCCAUGUAUCUCGUGUUCGCCCCCAACGAUACUUUCGCAUACCUGAAUGGCACGUACAGGUCUGAGCAGAUCGACUUCAUCAACAUCUUGAACAGGCAACCGUGA